AUGGCCUCUGCACGCAUCAACGGCAAGACAAUUGUCAUCACCGGCGCGUCCUCCGGCAUCGGCCGCAGCACCGCCUUUGAGUUUGCCCGCAUUGCCGGCCCGGGCAGCACCAUCCGCCUGGUUCUGACUGCGCGCCGCCUCGACGUCUUGCAAGAGGUGGCUGCCGAGCUUCAAAAGCAGUUUGCAAACCAGACCGUCCACGUCCUGCCCGUCGUCCUCGAUGUCAGUGACCCUGCCGCUGUUCGCAACUUUGUCCCGUCGCUGCCAGAAGAAUACCGCGACAUCAACGUCCUCGUCAACAAUGCCGGCCUCGCCCGUGGUUUCGAUCGCGCACCGGCCAUUGCCGAGGAGGACAUGAACGUGAUGUGGGACACCAACGUUACCGGUCUCGUCAACAUGACCCAGGCCGUCCUGCCCAUCUUCCAGGCCCGCGCCGACGGCGGCCACGGCGACAUUAUCAACAUUGGAAGCACCGCCGGCCGCCAGCCCUACGCCGGCGGCGGCAUCUACUGCGCCACCAAGGCCGCCAUCCGCUCCUUUACAGAGAGUUUGCGCAUGGAGCUGGUGAGCACGCGCAUCCGCGUCAUCGAGAUUGACCCGGGCCAGGUCGAGACCAACUUUUCCGUGGUGCGCCACUACGGCGACAAGGCCAAGGCCGACGCCAUCUAUGCCAAUGUCGAGCCGCUGACGCCCGAGGACAUUGCCGAGGUCAUUGUCUUCGCGGCCAGCCGCCGUGAGAACGUGGUCGUUGCCGAUGCCAUGAUUGUCCCGAGCCACCAGGCGGGCGGCGGUGUCAUGUAUCGGAAGCCGGCGUAA